AUGUCGUUCUCUCUCAACUCGGUCGUAGGCAGUUGCAAGACUUUUUUCGGCAGCUUGUCAAGUCGUGUCGCUGCCACUACCGCAUGGGCCUUUGGUCUUUUGAGGGGGCAGCUUCCCUCCUGCAAGACCCAGCUUCCCAGUCCCAACAUUGCCCUAAUCCUCAGAGCAACUGAAGGUUCUUGUUUGGCUGGAAGUGCAGCAGAGUUGAUUACUCUGCCCAGUUUCCAUACUGACGAGAUGACAGAGAAGGAGCUAGACUUGGGCAGCAAGACCCAGCGAGGAGUUAAGGUUGAGAUGACCCUCCUCGGCCACAUAGUCUUCCGAGACCUGUCUCCGACUGGCGAUGGGUCCCGGCUUCACGCGGUGCUACAUCCCGGCAUGCCCGACACUCCGGUCCUCGCCUUUGCAGCACGCUGUGUCUGGACACGUGGUGUCUGCAAAUACCCAAAGCAAAAGCAUCAAGAUGUCGAGCAUGGCUUGACGUAUCGGAACAUGGUGCGAGCUGCACUGGCCUUCGCCCUGUUGUUUGUGGCAGCAUCUGAGCUGUCAGAUCUCCCGGAAGACUGCGAGGACUCCGAGUGUUCCCUUUCGCUGCGCCAGCUACGGGGUGAGCAGACCCUCGCCUCGGUUUCUGCGCACCAGGCGGAUCCCUUUACUGAACCGGCAGGCAUCGACAGCGUCGAGGAGCCUGUGACGCCGAAGAAGCCAAAAGCACCAGUGGUGGAGGCAGACUACGACUGGGGCAACAUGACGCAGGAAGCCUGGGAAGAGAAGCAGGGUGGCUCGUGCUGCUUCUCCGCCGACGAUCCGAACAAUGUUUGUGGAACCUGCUUCCCGACGGCCGUGGCUUCUUUCAGGAAUAACUGUGCCAGGAAGAGCACGUGUGGCUCCUGUGGUGGCUCGUGGUGCGAGCCGAAGUGCGUCAUGGGAGCUGCAGAUCCCAACGACAAGUGUGGCACAGCCUUUGAGACUGGCACUGCCAAAAGCGACAGCUACUGCGGGAAGUCGGCGAAGAACUGCGCAUCCUGCAAUGGAGAGUGGUGCAAGCGCGGCGUCACCAAGAAGGCGCCAAAGGUGGAGAGCAAGGUCACCUCGGUCAGUGCUGUGUCGAAUGUCCAGGGCUUCUGCUGCUACCGCGGCAAUGGCCUUGCGAAAAAUAUGUGUGGAGGCUGCGCAGACGUCUCGCAAGAUGCAGCUUGCGCCAGUUCGACGGGCUGCGGUAGUUGCGGUGGCACCUGGUGCCCUGGACCAAGGUGCAUCAAGUCCUUCAAGGAUAAGGCGGACCCCUGCAACACGGCAUACGGCCACGACUCCGUAGCAUCCGCAGAGGAGUACUGUGCCGGAUCUGAAGAUCACUGCGCCUCUUGCCAUGGGGUCUGGUGUGCCGCUUACAACAUCAGCUUCGUCACCGGCGAGAAGUUCGACCCAAGCAAGCCCUUGAAGAUGCCGAGCAGUGACGAUGAUGACGACGACAUCGAGGACGUGCUGCGCCGCGGCGAUCCCGUGCUGGGUUCCUUCUUCAUCAAUAGGCCGUUUGAUGGCAGCCUGCUCGUGCAGAACACCUGCGUGGAGUGGAGGCUGCACUGUCGCACCGGGAGUUUCCUGAAUGCAGGGUUCUCAUGUGGACAUUGCCCUGACACUGUGGAGGUCAUCGGGUUCUGUCCAGCUUGGCAAUUAGAGGUUCUCUCUGUGGUGAAUCACCAUAAAGCAUUCAUAAAGCCGUCGUCCAUACGCCCUCAAGUUGCGGUCAAUCCUCGGAUGAUUCAGCGAUUGGAUCAUUUUGCAAGCCUCAUUGAGAUGACGAACCAGGCCGCUUUGCGUAUCCGUCACAAGACCACCGAAACAACUAAGCAGCAACAUGAUGACGAAGAUGGCGUGGCAAUGAUGCUGCAGGUCACCACCACCAUCACCAAGACCGCCACUGCCACUGCCAACUUCUACUACCACCGCCACUAA